AUGGUAUUAUUAUUUUUACACUCGGAAAAUUGAUAAUUUUUUCCCUGUUAUUUGGGAAAUGUUUGCAGUUCUUGAAUGGCCAUGGAAACCAGUAAUAGUACCUCGUAUGUCAGUCAGAGGGAUUCCUCGGCGGAUUGCAUUCCGUGGCUUGUUGCUUCUAUCAUUGAAUGUCUGGCCAUUGUCAUCCUCAAUUUCUUCACCAUUAUUGUGUUUGUGAAACAGCGUUAUCUACAGCGCAGGAGUACAUACUUGAUCAUCCAUAUGGCCAUAGUCGAUCUCUUGGCUGGAGCAGUUUCGGGUCCUGUGAUUGCUAAUCAUCUUCUGGGGCUCUAUUGUGAUUUAUGGAAGCGAACUGACACGAUUUAUCCAUUGGCUAAUUUGUUUCCCAUAACCUCUCUUGUAAAUCUCGCUGUUAUUUCUUUAGAAAGAAUACAUGCUACAAUCUUUCCCUUUAAACAUCGCGUGAUUAAGAGAAGGGUUUACGGAAUGACAGUUGCCGCUAUUUGGUUUCUAACUUCAUCGAGGGAAACUGUUCAAGUUGUUUUAUACAGAACACAAGGAAAUUCUCAUCUUGCGAUAUCAUUCUCAACAAUUACCUUGGUGUCAUUUUGGUCACUUCCCCUAAUUUUGAUUUGUGUCUCUUAUAUUUCCAUUUUCAUCAAAGUUCGAUUCAGUCCCAAUCCUCAACAUCAUGGUGCAACCGACAGAGAGAGAAAACUGACCGCCACCAUAUUAAUUGCAACGCUUGCAUCUUUGCUGACGUGGCUUCCAGUUACAGCUGUCAGAAUAGUUGAAUAUUGGUCCUUCUUUCACAUAGAAAUGACACUAGCGGCUUUAGCUGGCGCUAAUUCCUUGGCAAAUCCUGUUGUAUAUGCCAUAAGGAUGCCAGAAUUUAGGGCAGGUAUUGUCAAAAUGUUCCGCAGAACCCCGAGCACUACAUGACAAGCUGAUUUGCACCUGUCAAAUACACAGAUCGCGAGCGCGCAUCUUAGUAUUGAACGUCAAUCAAAUAGACACAUAAAUACUCACAUUUGAGCAUUGAAAAGUAUUAAGAUUAUCCUCAAAAGUAUAAUGUAAUGUACACUAGUUUGCUGCCGGAGAAUUAGCGAGUAGGCACAUUCUUAAAACAUAUGAUCGGUUUUGUAUAGCCUUUGUUCAUUGGUUGGUCUUAUCGAACUGCCUAUCAUUGUUUAUGCGAGCCAAAGAGUUGUUUGCUUUAACUUAAUGAAGACCUACCAUCAGCUUGAAAUUAGUUAACACAUCAUCUUUGAAGAGUGCUAUUAACAGCCUAUUAUAGCUAUUAGGAAUCAUUGUUUAUGC